UUCUGUCUGGUGAGCGCAGUUCGUGCAGCUGGCAAGGGAGGGGGCGCCCGCGCCGCCAUAUUCCCUCCCGCCGGCCGGCACCGCGGCGCGCAGCCACCAUGAGCACCGCCGCCUUCCACAUCUCCAGCCUCCUAGAGAAGAUGACGUCCAGCGACAAGGACUUCAGGUUCAUGGCCACCAGCGACCUGAUGUCAGAGUUGCAGAAGGACUCCAUUCAGCUGGACGAGGACAGUGAGCGCAAGGUAGUGAAGAUGCUGCUCCGGCUCCUGGAGGACAAGAACGGUGAGGUGCAGAACCUGGCUGUCAAGUGCCUGGGUCCUCUGGUGGGUAAAGUGAAGGAGUACCAGGUGGAGACCAUCGUGGACACCCUGUGUGCCAACAUGCGGUCGGACAAGGAGCAGCUACGAGACAUCGCUGGCAUUGGCCUCAAGACUGUCCUCUCGGAGCUCCCACCUGCAGCCACAGGCUCCGGGCUGGCCACCAACGUGUGCAGGAAGAUCACAGGCCAGCUCACCAGUGCCAUUGCCCAGCAGGAGGAUGUGGCUGUGCAGCUGGAAGCCCUGGACAUCCUCUCUGACAUGCUGAGCAGGCUGGGUGUCCCUCUGGGCGCCUUCCAUGCCAGCCUCCUGCACUGCCUGCUGCCACAGCUGAGCAGCCCGCGCCUGGCGGUGCGCAAGCGGGCGGUCGGGGCGCUUGGCCACCUGGCGGCCACCUGCAGCACUGACCUCUUCGUCGAGCUCGCUGACCACCUACUGGAGCAGCUGCCCGGCCCGCGGGCACCCACCAGCCCGGCUACCAUUCACACCCUGAUUCAAUGUUUGGGCAGCGUCGGCCGCCAGGCCGGCCACCGCCUUGGGGCUCACCUGGACCGCCUGGUGCCCCUGGUAGAGGAUUUCUGCAACCUGGAUGAUGAUGAGCUCCGGGAGUCCUGCCUCCAGGCCUUUGAGGCCUUCUUGAGGAAGUGCCCCAAGGAAAUGGGCCCUCACGUGCCCAACGUAACCAGCCUCUGCCUCCAGUACGUAAAACACGACCCCAACUACAACUACGACAGUGAUGAGGAUGAGGAGCAGAUGGAGACAGAGGAUAGUGAAUUCAGUGAGCAAGAAAGUGAGGACGAGUACAGCGAUGACGAUGACAUGAGCUGGAAGGUGCGCCGGGCAGCGGCCAAGUGCAUCACGGCCUUGAUCGGCUCACGGCCUGACCUGCUGCCCGAUUUCCACUGCACCCUGGCACCUGUGCUCAUCCGCCGCUUCAAAGAACGCGAGGAGAAUGUCAAGGCCGACAUCUUCACUGCUUAUAUCGUGCUGCUGCGGCAAACACGGCCCCCAAAGGGAUGGCUGGAGGCCAUGGAGGAACCCACCCAGACCAGCAGCAACCUCCACAUGCUACGUGGACAGGUGCCCCUUGUGGUUAAGGCUCUGCAGCGGCAGCUUAAAGAUCGGAGCAUCAGAGCGCGCCAGGGCUGCUUUAACCUCCUCACCGAGCUGGCGGGCGUCCUCCCCGGCAGCCUGGCCGAGCACAUGCCUGUGCUGGUAUCAGGCAUCGUCUUCUCACUGGCCGACCGCUCCAGCUCCUCCACCAUCCGGAUGGACGCCCUGGCCUUCCUGCAGGGGCUGCUGGACACCGAGCCAGCUGAGGCCUUCCACCCACACCUGCCCACUCUCCUGCCACCUGUGAUAGCCUGCGUGGCCGACCCUUUCUACAAGAUUGCAGCUGAGGCACUGCUGGUGCUACAGGAGCUGGUGCGGGCCCUGUGGCCACUGGACAGGCCUCGGACACUGGAUCCUAAGCCAUAUAUUGGAGAGAUGUCUGCGGCCACCCUGGCACGACUCCGUGCCACUGAUCUGGACCAGGAGGUGAAGGAGCGGGCCAUUUCCUGCAUGGGCCAUCUUGUAGGCCACCUGGGUGACUGGCUUGGAGAUGACCUGGAGCCCACAUUACUGCUCCUCCUGGACCGCCUGCGGAAUGAGAUCACCCGGCUGCCCGCCGUCAAGGCGCUGACGCUGGUGGCUGUAUCCCCACUGCGGCUUGACCUGAAGCCCAUCCUGGCUGAGGCACUGCCCAUUCUGGCCUCAUUCCUGCGUAAGAACCAGCGGGCUUUGCGGCUGGCCACGCUGGCAGCCCUGGAUGCCCUGGCCCAGAGCCAGGGCCUCAGUCUCCCACCAUCUGCCAUGCAGGCCGUGCUGGCUGAGCUGCCUGCCCUGGUCAAUGAGAGUGACAUGCAUGUGGCCCAGCUGGCUGUGGACUUCCUUGCCACAGUGACCCAGGCCCAGCCGGCCUCUUUGGUGGAGGUCAGUGGUCCUGUGCUCUCAGAGCUGCUGCAGCUGCUGCGUUCACCCCUGUUGCCAGCUGGGGUACUGGCAGCCGCUGAAGGUUUCCUGCAGGCCCUGGUGGGGACCCGUCCCCCGUGUGUGGACUAUGCCAAACUCAUCAGCCUGCUCACUGCGCCUGUUUAUGACCAGGCUGUGGAUGGUGGGCCGGGCCUGCACAAGCAGGUAUUCCACUCACUGGCCCGGUGUGUGGCAGCCCUCUCAGCUGCCUGUCCCCAAGAGGCGGCAAGCACAGCCAACCGCCUGGUCUGUGAUGCCAGAUCGCCCCACUCCAGCACGGGGGUUAAGGUCCUGGCUUUCCUGUCACUGGCUGAGGUGGGUCAGGUGGCUGGGCCAGGCCCCCAGCGGGAGCUGAAGGCAGUGCUCCUAGAAGCCUUGGGGUCACCCAGUGAGGACGUGAGGGCUGCAGCCUCCUAUGCACUGGGCCGCGUGGGUGCUGGCAGUCUGCCUGACUUCCUGCCCUUCCUGCUGGAGCAGAUUGAGGCUGAGCCCCGACGACAGUACCUGCUGCUGCACUCACUCAGGGAGGCCCUGGGGGCCGCCCAGCCUGACAGCCUGAAGCCCUAUGCCGAGGACAUAUGGGCCCUGCUGUUCCAGCGCUGCGAGGGUGCUGAGGAAGGCACCCGGGGGGUGGUGGCCGAGUGCAUCGGGAAGCUGGUCCUUGUGAACCCACCGUUCCUUCUGCCCCGCUUCCGGAAGAAGCUUGCUGCAGGUCGGCCCCACACCCGGAGCACUGUCAUCACAGCUGUCAAGUUCCUUAUCUCAGACCAGCCCCAUCCCAUUGACCCCCUGCUGAAGAGCUUCAUUGGAGAGUUCAUGGAGAGCCUGCAGGACCCAGACCUGAAUGUGCGCCGUGCAACUCUGGCUUUCUUCAACUCGGCCGUGCACAACAAGCCCUCGCUAGUCCGGGACCUGCUGGAUGACAUCCUGCCCCUCCUCUACCAGGAGACAAAGAUCCGCCGGGACCUCAUCCGAGAGGUGGAGAUGGGGCCCUUUAAACAUACAGUGGACGAUGGGCUGGAUGUGCGGAAGGCAGCCUUUGAGUGCAUGUACUCACUGCUUGAGAGCUGCCUGGGCCAGCUGGAUAUCUGUGAGUUCCUCAACCAUGUGGAAGACGGGCUGAAGGAUCACUACGACAUUCGGAUGCUGACCUUCAUUAUGCUUGCCCGGCUGGCCACCCUGUGUCCUGCACCUGUCCUACAGAGGGUGGACCGACUAAUUGAGCCACUUAGGGCCACCUGCACUGCCAAGGUCAAAGCUGGUUCUGUGAAACAGGAGUUUGAAAAGCAAGAUGAACUGAAGCGCUCUGCAAUGAGGGCAGUGGCUGCCCUGCUGACCAUCCCUGAGGUGGGGAAAAGCCCCAUCAUGGCCGACUUCUCUUCCCAAAUCAGAUCCAACCCUGAACUUGAUGCCCUCUUUGAAAGCAUCCAGAAGGAUUCCGCUUCAGCCCCCAGCACAGACUCAAUGGAGCUCAGCUAGUCUCCCCAGCACCCAGGUGGGCCCUCAUUCAAGAGAAAGGAGCCCACCCAACCAUGAGGCCUCUACUUUUGCCCUUCCACCACCUCACUGGGGGCCCUGCCGCUCCCUGUCAGGGCUUACAGUGCCUUCUCCAGGGACCCAACUCCAAGGCCCUGAGGUCGAGCUGCAAGGCUGCCAACAGUUGGGCCCCAUCCUUAACUCAGGACAGUCAUCCAAAGAAACAGGUUGUUUUCCAGUGACUUCACACUACCCCUCCACAGUCUGGUUCCUUCAGAGGGUGUCUCUACCUCACAAACUAGUAGUAUUUAGAAAUAGGCUGUGCUGUCAGCUGUGAAUGUUAAGGAGGCAGCAGACACCACUUUGGUUUCUUCACUGUACUCGGCAAGGCCUCUAAGUUAGUGCUCAGGCUGGGCAUCUCAAAAAGAAAACUUGAGUUGCGUUUUAAAAUUCAAAAUGGUUCAUUUCUAAGUGGCAGUGCUGAAUCCGAAAUUUGGAUGGCAUGGGUUUCUUUUUCCCAGGAAGGAUGAAUGGGUUGGGUGGGGAACUGGACAGGUUUGGACCUCGUUUCAUUUCUAACUUCACAUGCCAACAACACCCGGGCAAACCAGUUGGUUUGUUUCUGAGGAAGGUUUCAAAUGUGUCUAGUGUUAGUAGAGGGCAAAGAAAUACAAGUGGCAGGCCUAAGUAUUUUCCGUGAUAUCCCAGGUUAAUAAAGAUUAGAUCCUAAGUUA